AUGGAUAAAGACUUGUCACAACAGCCCGUGCUCGCAUGGUGGCACGUUUUAGAAUCAUCUGCCUUUGUCCUUAUUGCAGCUGCAAUUAGCCUUGCCAUGGGGCUUCGAUUAGAACUCUCACUUAUUAUAUCUGGUGUGCGAUGCGUUAUACAGCUAACGUUGAUGGGCUACGUGUUGGAUGCUGUACUAGGAUCCAAUAAUGCGGGUUUGGUGGCGCUCAUGAGCCUGGUGCUAUUGUUGUUGGGUGCCUAUGAAAUAACAUUCAAUCGUACACGGAAAACCUUCCGGGGAUUGUUUUUAAGAAUGUUUGUGAUCCUGGUUGUCAGCAAUGCAUCUAUCGCUUUAUUGGGCUCUGCCUUUGCGUUGCAAGAACAGCCAUUCUGGUCCCCACCCAAGUUUAUCCCUAUCGUUGGUAUGCUCCUUGGUAAUUCCAUGGGAAGCAUUGCCAUGGCAACAGAGCAAUGUCUUGAUAACAUCAGCGACCACGCCAAUGUAUUAGAAACCCGACUCUCUUUUGGAGCUACACGAUAUGAAGCAGCUAAACCAUUCGCGAUCGAGACUAUUAGAGUAUCCAUGCUUCCGAUUUUGAUGCAACUCAGCGUGAUGGGCAUGAUCAACAUCCCUGGCAUGAUGACGGGUCAAUUGAUGGCAGGCACACCCAUGAUGGAUGCUGUCAUUUAUCAACAAUGUAUCAUGUUUAUGGUAGCUGCAAGCAGUGCCUUGAGUGUCGUCUUUGCUGUUAUGAUGUGCAUGCAUGUUGUUAUCGACAAGCACCAUAGUCUGCAAUUGGAUCGUAUUCGUGACAACAAACCCAUCAUUCGAAAGGAAUUCUUCAUUCGGGUGGUACAAGCCGUUGGCAAACUCGGAGAACGCGUUUACAAUUUGUCAUGCCGCCGUCGCUAUCACGACCACAAGGAUGUCAAAUACGAAGAGGUCGAAAUGCAGUAA